GUGUAAAGUCCGAUCGUUUGUGUUUUGAACUUGGUCUUGGUUGGUUUGACUUGGUUGAGUUUUCGCACACUAGAUGCACUGAUAGUAUCGAUACAGUCAAACAGUUAUAUAACAAAUACUGGAGCACGAUUGACUGUUGUUCAUAGACAUGGAAAGAGUAAAGGUUGUUCUGGGACAUUUGACUUCAAGUAAAGAGCGCAGCAUUCAGCCAGUGGUUGGCAUGUCACCGUGCUCUGCCACUGCUGCUCAUCCAGACGACAUAGUGGUGGUGCAUGGGUUACGGACAGCCAUCGGCAGAGCCAAGCGAGGGUCAUUCAAGGACACCACUCCAGAUGAGCUACUCAGCACGGUGAUGACAGCUGUGUUGAAGGAUGUCGGUCUAGCACCAGACAAACUCGGAGACAUCUGUGUAGGUAACGUGUUGCAGCCAGGGGCAGGUGCGCUGGUGGCCCGGAUCGCCCAGUUCCUCAGUGACAUUCCCGAAACAGUGUCGGUCUACACAGUCAACAGACAGUGCUCCUCCGGACUUCAAGCCCUCUUUAACAUAGCUGGGGGAAUCAGAAAUGGAUCCUACGAACUGGGCCUUGCCUGUGGUAUGGAGAGCAUGUCUCUGCGUUCUGUGGGUAACCCUGGAGACGUCAGCUCCAGACUGAUGGACAAGGACAUGGCCAGAGACUGCAUCAUCCCCAUGGGCAUCACCUCAGAGAAUGUGGCAGAGCGUUUUGGCGUCACCAGGGAGAAACAGGAUGCCUUCGCCUAUAGCUCCCAGCAGAAGGCAGCAGAAGCACAGAGGCGGGGUCUGUUCGAUGCAGAGAUCGCCACGGUGACCACCAAGUUUGUGGACGACAGUGGUACGGAGCGCAACAUCACCGUAACCAAGGACGACGGUGUGCGGCCCGGCACCACCCUGGAGGGGCUCGCCAAACUCCGCCCAGCCUUCAAACCUGACGGCAGCACCACCGCAGGCAAUGCCAGUCAGGUGAGUGAUGGUGCGGCGGCAGUGCUAUUGGGCCGGCGCUCCGCUGUGGAGGCCUUGGGGCUGCCCGUCUUGGGGGUGCUGCGGGCCAGCGCGGUGGUGGGGGUGCCCCCCGACGUCAUGGGCAUCGGGCCAGCAUACGCCAUACCAGCUGCUCUACAGCAGGCAGGGUUGACUGUGGAGGAUAUCGAUGUGUAUGAAAUCAAUGAGGCCUUUGCAAGUCAGGCAGUGUACUGUGUGGAGAAGUUGGGGAUCCCGGUGGGCAAGGUGAACCCUAAUGGGGGCGCCAUCGCGCUGGGUCACCCCCUGGGUUGCACGGGGGCCAGACAGGUCGUCACGCUGCUAAACGAACUGAAACGCCGGGGACGCAGGGGCUACGGUGUGGUGUCCAUGUGCAUCGGCACAGGAAUGGGAGCAGCAGCCGUCUUCGAGUAUCCAGGACCCUGAUUGGCUGUCACUUCAUGACAAGGCUGUAGUCUUUCAGGAUACAGAAACGUGAUUGGCUAUAUGAUCUAGAGCAGGCUGCAGUCUCCAAGUAUAAAGGACCCUGAUUGGUCAAAUCACCUGGACCUGGACUCCUGGAUUGGCUAUCACCAGGCUGCCUACCUCCAGACAAACGGAACUUAAUAAUCUCCACAUGC